AUGGCUGCUUACAACAACAGUGAGGGAAAUGAAGAAGACCAAUUAGCUGCUUUUGUUGCUCCUCGCCCUUUCAUCACACCACCCCUCCUCGACGGAGAAGGGGCCUCCUCCGCCGCCCGCCGCCAUCGUGGACGUCCUCCAGGAUCCAAGAACAAGCCCAAGCCACCAGUCAUAGUCACGCGCGACAGCGCGAAUGCGUUGCACUCGCACGUGCUGGAGGUCUCCCUCGGUGCCGAGGUGAUAGAGAGUCUCUCCGCUUACGCGCGGCGCCGAGGGAGAGGAGUUUGUGUGCUCAGUGGCACUGGCGCAGUGGCCAAUGUCGCACUCCGUCAACCGGCUGGAAGUGUGCUCACCUUCCCCGGACGGUUUGAGAUAGUUUCCAUAACGGGGACGGUGCUUCCGCCGCCGGCGCCGCCCGGUUCUGACGGGUUGUCGGUUUAUUUGUCUGGGGCGCAGGGACAGGUGGUUGGGGGCAUCGUGGUGGCCCCUCUGGUGGCGUCGAGUCACGUGGUGUUGGUGGCUGCUUCCUUCGCUAACGCCAUGUUUGAAAGGUUACCCUUGCCCUUGAAUCACCAUGAUGAUGUCGAUCACGAUCAUGAUAAUAAUGAGGAUCAUGUUCCGGUAGCGACUUCACGUGGCGUCACGGGAUCUGGACAGGUGGGAGAUGGAAGGAAUAAUCCCUUGUAG